GACACAAACCACACAACACAAAUGAACAAUAUAAAUGUGAUAGUUUCUCUCUUUCCUCUCCUCUGCCCCUCACAAUAUAUCACACUCUGAGAAACAGAGAGGAACGGAGAGAUAGAAAGUUCAAUGUUCUGUCUUGAGCAAUGGUUAUCACAAGUUCAGAGAGUCGCUCACCCACCACCAAAGUCCCUUCAGGGCCUCCUCCAAUUGAAGUCUUAUCAGUAAAAUGUGAGUCUUGUGGAUUCACAGAGGAGUGUACCCCUGCAUACAUUCAUCGCAUCAAAGAGCGGUACCAAGGCCGCUGGAUAUGUGGGUUAUGUGUGGAGGCGGUGAAGGAUGAGGUGAUAAGAUCAGACAUGCUUAUCUCUACUGAAGAAGCUCUUAACCGUCACAUAAGUUUCUACAAGAAAUUCAGAUCCUUACGUUCUAGCUCUUUAAAACAAGGAGCAGAGCACCCCAUCUCUGCUAUGGGCAGGGUUCUCAGGCGAAGCAUGGACUCGCCAAGACAUCUUCGCUCUAGUUCAAGUUCUGAUUUCCAUGCUGUUGAAGGAGUUCGUAAUUCUGGGUUGGUACGCUCUGAAAGUUGUGUCCCUUAUCUGUCCCGUUAAUUGGGUAAUUCAUAAUUGAAACUUCUUAUGGUAAAUAUGAAAAACAGAGUUCCUCUGUUUUUUCAUUUUUGAAUGGCUUCUUGGUCGAAGUCGUAUGGCUUUGGGAACAUGUAUGCUGAUUCUCAUGAGAUAUGUUUUCGAAGAAGAAAAAAAAAUUUCUGGACUUUUCAUUUUGUAUAUAAUAUAAUUGACAGACCAGUUCUAAACUAAAUUUCCGAGUUGUAGUUUCUUCUUGUUCUCUGUUUCUCAAAUUCUACAAGUCCACAAAUUUGGCUUGCGUAAGGCCUAAGGGAGUAAUCCUUGUAUGGUUAAAUUAUAUCAAUGACAAAGUAAUUGAAUUGCUCCAUUGCCUUUUUAAA